AGGUGGAGAGAGCACUGUUCAUGCACUACCCCCACUCACAAUUCCGUCCGGCCCGAGACUAGAACUCACAACCCUUUGAUUGGGAGUCCAACCCUCUAACCAUUAGGCCACGACUUCCCGUCUAUGGUCGCCAUUUGAUUUUUUGAUGCGGAAGCAUUUCAUAGACUCUGCGUGUUUUUCUAUUGAAAAGUGGUGAAAAUGAAGGUUGUUUUCAUUUUUAUUUUUGUGUGUUCAUUUUUACUCGACCAAGGUGUGUCUGAUGCUGGUUCAGAUCGAGUGCAAAUACUGGUGAAGGAGGGAGAUCCAGUCACUCUACACACUGGUGUUGAAGUUAACCAACAAGACAGAGCGACAUGGUAUUUUAAUGAUGUUCGCAUUGCUUACAUCGAUGGAGAUAUGAAGAUCUGUACAGAUGAUGAGUGUCCUGAGGGAUUCAGAGACAGACUGAAGCUGGAUCAUCAGACUGGAUCUCUGACCAUCAUGAACAUCAGAAACACAGACUCUGGAGAAUAUAAACUACUGAUCAGCAGCAGCAACAGUGAAAAGAUCUUCAACAUUACUGUCACUGGUGUGUCUGAUGUUGGUUCAGAUCGAGUGCAAAUACUGGUGAAGGAGGGAGAUCCAGUCACUCUACACACUGGUGUUGAAGUUAACCAACAAGACAGAGCGACAUGGUAUUUUAAUGAUGUUCGCAUUGCUUACAGCAAUGGAGUUCCAAAGAUCUGUACAGAUGAUGAGUGUCCUGAGGGAUUCAGAGACAGACUGAAGCUGGAUCAUCAGACUGGAUCUCUGACCAUCAUGAACAUCAGAAACACAGACUCUGGAGAAUAUAAACUACUGAUCAGCAGCAGCAACAGUGAAAAGAUCUUCAACAUUACUGUCACUGCUGUUCCAGAUCCAGGUCUGUCUUCAGGUGUUGUAACAGGAUUUGUUGUUGGUGUUCUGCUGCUGGCUGUUGUUGUUGUUGUUGGUGUGAUGAUCUUUCGCAAGAGGAGCUCCAGAGAUGACAUGAAGAAAAUCAAACAAGUGCCAGAACUAGAGUCUAAUGAUGAGACACGGAGUGAAAAAAGUCUUGUGACCUGAGAGGAUCACAACAGCUUGGGCAAAAAACAAGCUCCUUGUAUGCGUAAAAAAGCAAAAUAAGUUUGAACUGAAACAUAACUAAUAUUAACUUUGUGAUGCUCACAGUCAUAUAAUCUUUCUUGUUCAUUUCUAAUUUUAUCAUUUGUGAUGUGAUCUAGAAAAACCCAACACAUAGUGAAUUUUUAACAAAAGUUAUGGCCGUCUGAAAUUGGCUGAUUAUGAUUUUCCGGAAUGUAAUUUUGGGUUUCUACUUAACGAUCGUUUUCAGUUUUCUGUUGUUUAUCAUGAUGAACAUAGUCUCUGAACUUCUGAUCAGCCCUUGUAUGUUUGGAUAGUAAGUAAGUAAGCUUUAUUUCUAUAGCACUUUUCACAGACAAAAAAGUCACAAAGUGCUUCACAAAAUUAAUUAAAAUAUACACUUAACAGAUAUACUCAUGCACAUAACAUACAGAUAUACACAAAUACACAAAAACAUACAAAAUCAUAUUGCUAAUUAAAUGCUUGUCUAAAAAGAUGCGUCUUAAAGCUGCUGUAGGGAACUUUUGUAAAAAAAUAUUUUUUACAUAUUUAUUAAACCUGUCAUUAUGUCCUGACAGUAGAAUAUGAGACAGAUAAUCUGUGAAAAAAAUCAAGCUCCUCUGGCUCCUCCCAGUGGUCCUAUUGCCAUUUGCAGUUACUGACCGCUCCCGGUAAGAAACAACCAAUCAGAGCUGCGGUCCGUAACUUUGUUUGUGUUCAAAAUGUAGAAAAAUGUAUAUAAUAAGUGAGUACACCAUGAAUCCAUUUUCCAAACCGUGUUUUUAGCUUGUCCUGAAUCACUAGGGUGCACCUAUAAUAAGUGUUUAUAUCCGGACUAUUUUAGAUUGCUUCAGGGAUACCGCGGCAGAGUAACCCAGUGCCUUUGUGAUUCUUCAUAGACAUAAACAGAGAGAAGUAGUUCUGGCUACGAUGUUCUUCCGCAAGACGCAAGCAGUUCUGUUUAUUAACCGCUAGAGCGUCAAACGUUACCUACCGCAGCUUUAAGGCAUUUUUUAAAAGCUUCCACUGAAUCCAAAGCUCUCAAGGCUAAUGGAAGGGAGUUCCAGAGCCUUGGAGCCACCACACAGAAGGCUCGGUCACCUCUUGUUUUAAAACCUCUGCAGCGUGUUCUUAAAACGUGAUAGCACCUCUGCAGCGUUUUUUUUUAACAUGAGAGAAACACAAGUCUUGUCAGCUUGCUGCAAUAAAUAGUUAUUUUUCUGAACUAAACGAGUGCAUUUUGACAAUAUAUUUUCAGAGAUUAUAGACAAGAUGUUAUAGAAUAAUUAUUGAAUGAAACCCUAAUUUUCACACACACACACACACACACAAAAAAAAAAAAAAAAAAAAAAAAAAAUAUAUAUAUAUAUAUAUAUAUAUAUAUAUAUAUAUAUAUAUAUAUAUAUAUAUAUAUAUUUGCGUGACAUCAGAUGGGUUUUCCCAGAUCACUUCACAUUUUAAAAAUUUGUCUGCAGUUUGUUAUAGUUCAUGUAAUAAGUACUUUUUAGUUUAUAUUUGUGUAUUACUUUUAAACAAUAAAUGAAUGUGAAAUCCCAAAUAAAUGUCUUGUCUAAAUUUAUACAGCAGAUGCUUUGUGAUUAUUAAAAUGAUGAAAAUAGCUAAAAAGCUCAUUUAUCAGAAACAAAGAAUCAGUUGAGCUCGCUGAUGAAGAUGAAUCAAUGUUUGUAGCAUCAAAACAAGGACAAAAAAACACCGUUCAUAGCUUUUACUUUGACAGAAGUUGACAAAAAGAAAAGAGCUGUAAUAACUUUAAAAGCAGUUGCUGUUGUGGAUUCUGGAAGUUCAAAUCUUCAUUUCUAGAUAAGAAAAGGACUUUUGAUGAUUCUGUAUGUAAACUUGUACAUGUGAAGAUAAGUUUGUGUGUUGUUGUCCUCCUCAGACUAAAGUGUGUACUGCUCUGAUUUAUAUCAGAGAAAUUACUAUCCUAUAUAUUAAAUAUUAAAUCCUUAUAGAAAAAAAAAAAUGAAUAGGAAAAAUACUUCCAGAACUAAGGCUACUGAAACUGUCGCUUUAUUGCACUUAUAUUGUCUCAUAAUAAAUUUUACACUUGGUUUUAAAUAAACUGUUUAA